AUGAAAGAGAAUUCUUUUCUAGCUCCAGAUGUCAACUUACAAGAACUUGCUGCAAGAACAAAGAACUACAGUGGAGCAGAACUUGAAGGUGUGGUGAAAAGUGCAGUUUCUUAUGCUCUGAAUCGCCAGCUCAGCCUUGAUGAUCUUACCAAAAAAGUAGAUGAGGAAAGCAUAAAAGUCACCAUGGAUGAUUUCUUGAAUGCUCUUCAUGAAGUUAUUCCUGCAUUUGGUGCUUCCAUGGAUGGCCUUGAACGUUGCAGACUGAAUGGAAUAGUUGACUGUGGUCAGAAACAUGAUCACAUCUUCAAAAGAACAAUGCUAUUAGCAGAACAAGUUAAAGUUAGCAGAGGUAGUCCACUUGUCACAGUUCUUCUAGAAGGUCCUAGUGGCAGUGGUAAGACUGCAAUGGCAGCUACUGUUGGUAUUGGUAGUGAUUUCCCCUAUGUGAAAAUCAUUUCGGCUGAAUCAAUGAUUGGCAUCAGUGAAGCCAGUAAAUGUGCACAGAUUGUCAAGGUAUUUGAGGAUGCUUACAAGUCAACACUGAGCAUUAUUAUCCUUGAUGAUAUCGAAAGACUAUUGGAAUAUGUUGCUCUUGGACCUCGUUUUUCAAACUUGAUUUCUCAGACAUUGAUGGUCCUCCUCAAACGCCUUCCUCCCAAGGGUAAAAAUAUGCUGGUUAUUGGAACAACAAGCGAGGUGACCUUCUUGGAGUCGGUUGGCCUUUGUGAUGCUUUCUCAGUCACCUACCAUGUUCCUACAUUGAAAACCGAAGAUGCUAAAAAGGUAUUGCAACAACUUAAAGUGUUCUCGGAGGAUGAUGUGGAUUCUGCCGCUGAGGCUCUUAAUGAUAUGCCGAUCAAGAGGCUGUAUAUGGUGGUGGAGAUGGCGGCACAGGGAGAAUCCGGUGGAAGUGCGGAAGCUAUUUAUGCUGGAAAGGAAACAAUUCAAAUCUCACAUUUCUAUGAGUGCCUACAAGAUAUUGUCCGCUACUAGCCUUGUGGG